GGAGUCACAGUGAAGAGUUGCGGUUGAUGUUCAGGGUUUACAAGAGCGUGAUAACAAGGCGAGCGCUGUUCAGCAGGAAGUCAAGCUAUAUCAGAGAAGUGCGCAUGCGCCGCAGCUCUCCACAAUCUAGGGCUGCGUUUCUCUUCAUAAAACGAUGAACAAACUCCUGGAUAGCUGUUAUAUGAAAGCAGCCCCCCUCUGUAGUCUACUCUGAGUGUGAUGGCGACCACGGAGGAGGUCACGGUGUCCAUGGGGGAGGUGGUGAUGGUGAAGACUGACGGUGAAGGGGACCCCGAUGACCCAAAUAAGACUCAGGUCAUCCUCCAGCUCCAGCCAAUCACCACUGGAGAUGAAUCUGCUGAAACAGAUGCAGCUGUCAUGGCUGUUGAAGCCCAUCCUGAACAAACUGAAGGAGAUGACGUUGAGAUUGGCUGUCCCAUAACAUGCGGCGACAGUAAAGCUGUGUUGCUAGUGAAGAAAUUUGUGUGCCCAGGAAUCAAUGUCAAAUGUGUGAAGUAUGAAGACCAGCUGAUCAGCCCGAAGCAGUUUGUGCACAUUUCUGGAAAAGCCACCCUGAAAGACUGGAAGAGAGCCAUCAGGAUGGGUGGAGUCAUGCUAAGAAAAAUGAUGGAUUCAGGUCAGCUGGACUUCUACCAGCACAGCACACUGUGCACCAACACGUGUCGCAGCACCAAGUUUGACCUUUUAAUCAACAACACGCGGUUCCCUCCCGAUGGCACCGGACUUACUACGCCCACCUCCUCUCAAGCUCAGGUGGUCCUGGGUAACGGCGGGGUAGUGGGCGAGGACAGGUCCGAGGUUCUGAGUGGGAAGGCGGACUGGAGCUCAAUCUCACUGGAGUCUAUCGACAAGAAGGAAUCGAAUGAGAUCUCAGAGGACACACUGAACUUCUGGAAGGGCAUCGCCGACGUGGGUUUGCUGGGUGAAGUGGUGACCAACAUCAGCACAGAGCUGCUGGAGCUGCUGAACGGCGUGCAGCAGCGCAGGGAGCCAGCUGGCUUACAGGACACAGAUUCCUGUCUGGUAGAGGUGGCGGUGCUCAGUAACCUUGCCCAAGUGUUCGGCCUGCUCGACUCGGUCAAGAAGAUCCUGGAGAGGAGGAAGCAGCAGACGGAUCCCUGCCAGGAGCAAAUCCUCAGCACGCUCACCAACCUGGAGGUGCAGCUAGAAGAACAAAGGAAGCAGCAGCAGGUGCGAGCUCUCCUGUCCUGCCCACAGCCUGCCAAAAACAAAACUCCCACCAAGCGCCAGAACAAGCGGCCUCGUCUCCAGAGGCCCGCCUCCACCACCACCCUCCUGACCUCCCCCGUCAACCAGCAGGCUACUCUGCAGCCCCAGCAAUUCACCGUUCUUUCCCCCAUCUCUCUGUCCUCCGUGGGUCAGCCGUUCACCGUGGCAGGCCUGCCCAUGGCCACACUGGCCCAGUCCUCCAACACGGUCACCCUGCUCCCCGCCGGCUCGCAGCUCUUCACCCGCUACAUGGUGACCGGAGACGGAAAGGCGGACACCAUCACCUUGCACCCGUCGUCGGGCCUCACGCUCGUUGGCACCACCGCCAUGCAAGACUCCAGCCAGCUGGGCACGGUGGUGAGCCCCUUAGAGCUGGUGCACCUGAGCCAGCAGGCCGGCAGCACAGAGGUGGUGCCCAUCGAAGGCCAGGUGGUGGACGGCACCAUGCUGGUGCAGCAGGAAGUGAUGCAGGGCGAUGUGGAGGCCGGCCAGGAGCACACGGUCAUCGAGAUCAACCCGGCUCCGAUGGAGCAGGCGGUGGGAGUGAUGGAGCUGCAGCUGACCGGGGAGUCGGGCCAGGACGGGGCGGCAGUGAUGGUCCAGAGCGGGAUGGAGGUGACGAUGGCUGCAGGGGGGGAGGAGACGCAGUGCCAAAUGCAGGAGGCGCAGACUGAAGGGGUUCAGGGGCUGCAGCUGGAUGCCAGCGGACAGUUGUCAGGCGUACAGAUAGUGGUGAUAGGAGAAAACACUCAGGAAGAAAACAAGGUCAAAUGAGACACAACUCCUAUUUUAUCCAGCAGAGCAGGUCUGGACUCGUACUGAGCUGCCACAGACUUGUGAAACUGUAAAUACACAGAAUUUCCAAAUCCACAAAUUGCCUUGGCCUAAGACCAAGCACUAGGGUAGCCAUUGUUCCUUUUUUGGUGUGUGUGUG